AAAUUUCUGGACUCUGUGCCCAUCACUCAGCCUUACUAUAACGUCCAAGGGAGAGCUGGGAGCACCAGGGUCCAAUCAGGUUUUCUGGCUCCUGGGUUUGGGUGGCAGGAUCACCCCAAAUGGUCUCCAGAGCACCCUUCCUGCCUGGCUGGCAGUCAGCAGGAGACGGUGGGUUGCGGAGACUAGGCAUCCCACGCCCCAGGUGGCGGCUACGGGGGUCUGGAGGGCGGGUGCGCAUGCCCAGUAGGCGGCGGCAGCCGUUAGGGCGCCACGCAGGUUCGCGUGGGGAAGCCGGCCGCCUCCAGGUGCUGGCUCAGGGCUGCAGGACGAGGUUGACGCGGCCAGGCCCAGGGUCCCACCAUGGAUUCUGAAAAUGCCAAACGGGAGUUGUCCGAGGUACCUUCAAAGGACUUGGAACAACUGGAACAACCGGAGCAUCCCGGACCCCAUACACGGCGCACCAUCUCAGUGCGUCUCACAGCCCCGUCACGUCGUGGGUCGGCGAGUGUUGCACAACCCGCAGCCUCAGUGGGUCCUGCACAUUCAGUUGGUCCUGCACGUUCGGUACGCUCCGCACACCCAGUUCGUCCCAAACCUUCAGUGCGCCCCGGGCAUUUAUUGCGCUCCACAACCCCAGUGCAUCACGAACCCAGGGAGCGCCCUGCACCGUCCAGGACGCCCACAGAACGCCGAGAAACGACGCCCUCUGUGCCCCCUGUGUCCGAGAGCGCAGAGGAGAAGGCAGCGAUCCAAAAGCGUGCUGAGGGCCGGGCCAAAGUCCCACAAAAAUUCAGGGACAGCUUCAAGCAUUUUUUUUUCUCGUCCACUGGAGUAUUGAAGAUCCUGAGAAUGGUGAGCAGAUAGCUGGUGGCCUGGCAGGGCAGACGCAGGCCUCUGGCCUCAGGGAGUGAUCCCCAGCGGGUGCCCCGUCUGGAAAGCUUCUGUGAUCCCCUUUGCCACUCACCUGUGUUUUGCCUCACCCUUGCCCUGCACACACUCAACCCUUACUACGAAAUUUGGCGCUUUUUUCCCCUCUGUCUUUUAUGUUUCUCAGGUUUUCCCUCACAGAAGGAAUUAAAAGAAGCAAUGAAGAUAACAGCAGAAGUUUGUAAAUUAGAAAAAAAAAAAAAAAUCAAAGAAUUGACCAAUACAAGAGCUGUCAUUUGAAAGACAUUAAAUUGAUAAACCACUGGCCAAUAUAAUCGAGAAUAAAAGGAGAAAGAGGGAAUGUAUGUUUAAAGUUAGAAACCGGAAUGGGAAAAUAAUCUCAACGAUGAAACUGGGAUCUAUAGGAGUACUUUGCCAACAAACAGGUGUGAAUAAUUG